AUGCGGCGGCUGCGGCGCCUGGCGCACCUGGCGCUCCUCUGCCCCUUCUCCAAGGGGCUGCAGGGCCGGCUGCCGGGGCUCAGGGUCAAGUACGUCGUCCUGGCCUGGCUGGGCGUCUUCGCGGGCGGCUGGCUGGCCUACGUGCACUACGCGUCCUACGCGGGGCUCUGCCGCGGGCACGUCUGCCGCGUGCUCAUCUGCGACCAGUACCACAAGGGCAUCAUCUCGGGCCCCCUGUGCCAGGACCUGUGCAGCCUGCACCGGGUGGAGUGGAGGACCUGCCUCUCCUCGGACCCAGGCCAGCAGGUGUACAGCGGGCUCUGGCAGGGCAAGGAGGUGACCAUCAAGUGCGGCAUCGAGGAGAGCCUGCAGGCCAGGGCCGGGCCGGACGCGGCCCCCCGGCGGGAGCUGGUGCUGUUUGACAAGCCCACCCGGGGCACCUCCAUCAAGGAGUUCCGGGAGAUGACACUCAGCUUCCUCAAGGCGAACCUGGGGGACCUGCCCUCGCUGCCCGCGCUGGUGGGCCAGGUGCUGCUCCUGGCGGACUUCAACAAGGACAGCCGGCUGUCGCUGGCCGAGGCCAAGUCGGUGUGGGCGCUGCUGCAGCGCAACGAGUUCCUGCUGCUGCUGUCGCUGCGGGAGGGCCACGCCGCCCGGCUGCUGGGCUACUGCGGGGACCUGUACGUCACGGAGGGCGCCCCGCUCGGCGCCUGGCCCGCGGCCGCGCUCCCGCCCCUGCUGCGCCCGCUGCUGCCGCCCGCCCUGGCCCGGGUGCUGGCGCGCUGGCUGGGGCCCGCGUGGCCCUGGCGCGCCAAGAUCGCCAUCGGGCUGCUGGAGUUCGUGGAGGAGCUCUUCCACGGCGCCCACGGGACCUUCUACAUGUGCGAGACCACGCUGGCCAACGUGGGCCACACGGCGCGCUACGACUUCAGGAUGGCCGACCUGCAGCAGGUGGUGCCCGCGGCCGCCGUGCGCCGCUUCCUGCGGGGCCGCCGCUGCGAGGGCCCCGCUGACUGCACCUACGGCCGCGACUGCCGCGCGCCCUGCGACCAGCUGCUGCGGCAGUGCAAGGGCGAGCUGCUGCGGCCCAACCUGGCCAAGGUGUGCGAGUUGCUGCGCGACUACCUGCUGCCCGGCGCGCCCGCCGACCUGCGGGAGGAGCUGGGCCGGCAGCUGCGCACCUGCAGCACCCUGAGCGGGCUGGCCAGCCAGGUGGAGGCGCACCACUCGCUGGUGCUGAGCCACCUCAAGACGCUGCUCUGGAAGCGGAUCUCCAGCACCAAGUAUUCCUGAGGCCGGUCUGGCCCGGGGCUGUCCCAGAACCGCCCUGGGGGCCAGGGCUGCAGGGACCAGCAGGAUGAGGCCCAGAGCCCCGCCCUGGUCCGUGGAACUGGUGUAAAUAGCGCGUGGGCGAGGGCUCCGCCCCAGCAGGGCUGCGUGGGCCUCCUGCAGCAGCCCUCAGGGCUCGGGCGGAGGCGGGGUCUUCCCUGGGCUGGGGGAGCUUGGGCCCCCGAAGCAGGUGCGCUUGGGUUCCUAGGUCAGGGCAGCUUCCAGAGCCGGGGGCGGAGGGAGGGCAGGGCGACACCCUGCUGUAAGCAGCGCCUCCCCAGCAUUAAAGCUUCCCACCCAGCUGGCACCCAGCAGCCUGUCCAGGGACAGUUUUUAACACCGGGUCGUGAUGAAACGCCCGAGGCAAGCGGCCUGGUGCUCCUGCUCCCCACUUUCAGCAGCCCAAGGAAAAGACGAGACGUGGCUCACCCAAGACCCCUUUAUUCAAGUUUUGCCAACACAGAAGCGCCAGCCUUGAAACUUCUUCCCACAAACCCCUCAGCACGUCCUUAUACCCCACCUCCGCACAGCCCCCCCACCCGCCGGGGGUCCAAUCAGCCAGCCACCCACCAGGGCCAGGGGAGAGCAUCAGCCAGCCCACUCCACGUGCCCACCCUGGGAGUUCCCAGGCCAGGGCGCAGGUCUCCUCGUCCCCACUGCGGGGCGCCUUCCGAGCCCCUUCUUCAGGAGCGCCCUGGCAGACAGCUUUGCUCCCCAGGGACUGUGUGCUCUGGCGGGGGGUCCCCACAGGCGGGCAGCCACCCAGCCCCAUGACGCCGGUGCAGCUGCUCCCAGGAAGAGGCUGGUGGCCUCCGGACGCGGUGCAGCAGGGUCUCUGGAAUGCAAAGACAGGGCCGGUCGAGGCAGCCUCAGCACCCCCCACAUCCUGCUCAACAACCCCUUUCCUGGUGGAAUUCACCCCAAAACCACUCAGCCAGCCUCACAACCCCCAUCCAUCUUUUGCCCAGCCCAGCUCGCCCGGAGCACCCAGGGCCUUCGCUGAGCCGGAGCCUGGCUCCUAGCUGGCUGUCAUCCAGCCCCCUGCCACCCUGCAGGUGAGCCACGGGCAGCUCGGCCUGGAAGGGGCCCGAGAGCUGGGACCUGGGGGCUGCCACCCUCCUAUAAGGGAGUCAGCACCUUGCCCUGCUCCCCACGCCAAGUUCAUGAGGCCAUGAAUUUGGUGGUUAAUACACCCAGGGCACGGGCAACUGUAACUGGAACCGUACCCCCACCCCUACCAAAUCACCCACCUCCCAAAUCCCCUGGCUUUGCGAGUGGCCUACCCAGGCUUCCCUCCGCACCCACCCCUCACUGUCACCUUUCAUCCCAACCCUGGGCGGAGUCUGCACCUGGAAGAAGCACACACUGAGGCAACUACACAUACCCCACAAUCCUUUUAAGGGCAGCAGGGUGGUAAGCACAGCCUCCCCAAAGGUCUGGGGGCCCCGGCAACCCUCCAGCUCCUGCGGGCAGUGACCUCAACUCCCAGGCUCACCUUCCUUUCCUGGGAGGUGGAAACAGCCCAGGCUGGUGUCCCACCCAUGCCCAGGGCAGGGGCCUUGCGUGGGGGGACGGCCCAUGCCCCUCCUGGACCCCAGGGCUGAGGAUGACAGCGGAAGGGACACUGACCCAAACUUCAGAGACCACUGGAGCCUCCAAACUGUAUUCAAGAUGGGUUUUUUCUGGCCCCAGAGCAGGGCUGUCAAGUCUCAGUGCCAGACUCUAGUUCCACGAGUUGUGGGGCCACCUGUGCGGCAGCACCCCAUUCCUGCCCCUCUCACCCAGC